AUGCCGUCAAUGAGUUUGAAAAGACAGAGAUCAACAGGCGUUGAAGCCUGGAUGCAACACACACCAUUGGGUUUUAGAUUCCGCCCCUCAGAUCUAGAGGCUUUCGCUUACUUAUUCAGCAAGAUCUACGGAAAGCACUUGGAAAAAAUACCAUUAGAGUUAGUUCAAGAGUUUGACGUUUACGUCUCUGAACCAUCCAAGCUCCCUCGCAACGAAGAAGAUGAGUUUGCGUAUUACUUUACAGAGCGGAGUCCACUGAGUAAGAACAAGAUUAAUAGGUACACGAGAGACGGGAGAGGAUACUGGAGAAUUAGUGGCACGACUUGGAAAACGAAGGCCGGGAAGAAGAACACGUUGGUUUAUUAUAUUAGAUCGAGAGACGAGAGAGGUAAAGGUCAGAAAACGAAUUGGAUCAUGCACGAAUAUGUUUUAGCUCCAAGAUCUUCCGCGAGCAGGAGAUUUGUGUUGUGUAGAAUUUAUAAUAGAAAAGAACACGAAGAGAAAGAGGUUUUUGAUAUGAGUUCAGAAUAUCAAGCUUCUGAUAAUGAACUGGAUUGGUCGGGCCUGCUGCGAAUGCUGGGUGAAUCACAUUCUGUUGCAGAAGAAGGGGAUUUAUUUUGCGAGAUGGAGGCUUUACUAAAUUCUCCAACAGAUGAUCCAUCGGAUACUGAUGCUAGUCAUGUUAACAAGGUUCGACAGAAUUUAACUCGGAAUCUUACCAAACAAAUGGAUUGGAUGAGCAAUAGCAGCAGAGUGGAAGUGAAUGAGGAGAAUGAUAUAGACUUGACUCUUAAGCUGGCGACUAUGAUACAAUGA